UCUCUGUUUCCUCUCUCUCUAAUCCUCAUCUUUCUCUCGCGCUCUCUCUCUGCUCUGCUUUUGACUUCCCAAGUAGUCCUUCUAAAGCAGAGAGAAGAGCAGAAGAAACUGAUCCUGUUGCUCUCACAAAAUCAUCCCUUGGAGAACUGAAGCAGGCCGCAGACAGGGGGAAGAUGAUGCAAGACUCGUGGAACAUCAAUGCUCCCACCGGAAUCCGGCCAUCGAAAUCAGCACCCUGCUCGCCUAUUAAACCAAUCGUAAGGCCAAGGCCCGACUCCUUCCACAUCACCCACAAAGUUCCCCUAGGAGACACUCCCUAUGUGAAGGCAAAACGGGUUCAGCUAGUUGAGAAGGACCCUGAGAAGGCAAUUCCAUUGUUUUGGGCUGCAAUCAAUGCCGGGGACCGGGUCGAUAGCGCACUCAAGGAUAUGGCAAUUGUGAUGAAACAGCAGAAUCGAGCGGAGGAAGCUAUUGAAGCUAUAAAGUCGCUGAGGAACCGGUGUUCGGAUCAGGCGCAGGAGUCCCUAGAUAACAUUCUUUUGGAUCUUUACAAGAGGUGUGGGAGAUUGGAUGAUCAGAUAGCUCUCUUGAAGCACAAGUUGCAACUUAUCCAGCAAGGGCUGGCCUUCAAUGGGAAGCGCACGAAGACGGCUCGGUCUCAAGGGAGGAAAUUCCAAGUCUCUCUGGAGCAAGAAGCAACCAGACUUCUAGGGAAUCUAGGCUGGGCCCUGAUGCAGAAGGAGAACUACAUUGAGGCUGAGGCAGCCUACAGAAGAGCCCUUCUGAUUGCUCCCGAUAACAAUAAGAUGUGCAACCUGGGCAUAUGUUUGAUGAAGCAAGGGCGGAUUGCCGAGGCCAACGAGACCCUCAAACAGGUAAGGCCAGCAGUUGUUGAUGGCCUAAGAGGAGCUGAUUCCCAUUUGAAAGCCUAUGAGAGAGCUCAGGAGAUGCUCCGCGAUCUCGAGGCUAAACUCUCAGGUCACAAUGCCAGGGAUCAAUUUGAUAAAAAUAGGCUCUUCGAUGCAUUCAUCGGGUCUUCCUCGAUAUGGCAACCUCAACCUUGCAUCGACUACCCAAUGCCGCCACGAGAACACUUCGGUGAUGAAAAUGUCGAUGUGACGAACAGAAUAAGCACCAAUGCGAAGCCUGAAUUCUCAUCAAACAUUGCGCUCAACAUCGAUGCACCACCAUUCUAUUCGUCGAAGAUGAUGAGAGACCUGAACGUGGUCGAUCAUCCAUCACACGAUCCAAUGGGUAAUCUCAAGAGGACGAGGUCGGGCAAUGUAAUGGAGAAGUCCCUGCCACCGAGAGUGCCGGUGGAGAAAACAAAGGAAGAAGGCAACAGAAGGAAAUCUCUCUUUGUGGGAGGGACAGAUGAUAAGUGGCCAGAAUUGCCGGACAACAAUGAGUUCAAUGAGGCCAUUGUGGCAGCAGUUCUAGCUCCCGUUCUUGAGGAUAAUAGUACGUCCACUGGUGCUGUUAAGACUGACGUUAAUAACACAAGUCCAGCAUUGAACGAGGGGAAAAUGGGGAAGAGGCUCAGGAUUUUCCAGGAUAUCACUCAGGCAGCUCCUCUAAGUGAUAGGUUUCGUUAGGCCAGGCUUUAGGAAAAAGGGGAGUGUCUUCAAUUGUCUUUGCUAUUGAGCGAGUGGGUAGUAGGAAGGAGAUGAUCUUGUUCUCCCUGAUCCCCUCACAAUGGGAACUGUUUAUUUAGAGCAGCAUGGAAAAUAUGUUGUGCUUGCUUGUUUGGAA